UUGAAAUUUGAACGGAAACGUAUGGACAAAUGUAAUAUAAUUAUCUGCACACCUGGAAGAUUGCUUCAGCAUAUGGAUGAGAAUCCUCUGUUUGAUUGUACACAUUUAAAAAUGUUGGUUUUAGAUGAAGCGGAUAGAAUCCUUGAUUUAGGUUUCCAAACGACUAUUAAUGCAAUUAUUGAAAAUCUUCCUAUAGUGAGGCAGACACUUUUAUUUUCAGCAACUCAAACAAAAUCAGUAAAAGAUCUGGCUAGAUUAAGUCUUCAG